AAUUAAAUUUUUAGAAAUAUUUUUUGAAAUUAAUUCAAACUUUCCUCUCAAUGUUAUUAGCUUCAUCUUCCCAUGUAUAUCCUCCAACCCUAUAUCCCCCAAACAACCCUUCCACCUUUCAAAAUAAUUCAAAAGAUUUAAACAACAAUACCCAAUUAAUUCAAGAAGCUAAUCAAGAAGAAAAACCAAAAGAAAAUUUGAAUGAAAAAAGGAAUCCAAAAUCUUUUUUUUCCGACUGCAGAGUUUGUGGCCAGCAGGCAAAGUGCCACAAUUUUGGAGUUAAAUGUUGCCAUGCCUGCCGAAUGUUUUUCCGUCGAUCAGUUUUGAGCCUAAAAGAAUUUAGAUGUAAAUCUGGCGGAAAAUGUCAAACGCGCAAAGGAGAAAAAUGCCGUUCCUGUCGCCUUGAUACCUGUAUUAAAGAAAAUUUGGACAUUUCUUUAAUUCAAUUUCCUUCAAGUUAUAAUUUUAAAAAAAUGAAGGAUUGGUUAUCUAAGAAAAGGCGAGAAUUAAUGCCUAAUAAUUUUGUUAAACAUUUGAGUGGACAACAAAAUAUGAUGAAAAAUUUAAAAUUAAUUAGCAACUGUAACAAUAAUGGAAAUAUUAUUGAUAAUAAUAAUGGGAAUAUAAUUAAAACAAAUGUAUCUAUUAAUUUAUUAAAAUAA